CUGCGAACUGUCGAGUCAGUUUUCUUGCAAAGUGAAAGUAAAAGCUAUCGUGCAGCUGAAGCCAGAUCUAGCUGAAUCGAUAUGAUCGUGUACGAAUGAUUUUUGAUCAUGAGAGUGGUUUUCAAGACACUCGUCAGCUUGUACGUGUGUACAGGUGUCCUGUGUGUCCAUCAGCUGUCAUGGCUGCCCUGUAUGUUCAUUGAUGAGCGGGUGUCUUUAAAUGAUAAAGGUGUUCCUGAAAUUCAGCAAAUACCAAGGGAGGCUUUUCUACAAUUUGGUCAAAAGGAAGAUGCUGCUGUUAACCCACAGGUCAUCACCUUUAUGGUGACAGGAUCUAGGUUGGAUUUGCGUCGGUAUGUGGAUGUAUGGGAGGCGGAGCAGUUAGAGUGUCAGCUGUAUAGGUACAGCACACAUGGCAGCUAUGUCCGCUGGCCUGGGAAGGGCAAUCAGGAGUACAACCAUUGGUUCCGCUUCACCAUUAAACCCAGCAACGGCCUGUCUGUCACCAGUGGCUUCCUCCGACGCCCAUCUGACCAACCUGCCCCGGAAAAGCAGGACUUCUUCAACUGGACCACCAUCGCAGACAGGGAGGUACUCACGACAACGGUGGCCGUGGUCAUUAAAUCACAGACCCCCUUUGUGAGGACAGGUCUACGCUCCCAACCAAAGCUUCACUGCCAGUUUGCUCUGGACCACAAGAGUCCAAACUUCAUUUUGGAGUGGAUCUUGCAGCGCCGUGGGGAGAGAACCACAGUGUUCAGCUAUAACAGCCGCUCAGGUCAAACUGAGGGCACUGGGGUUGGACUGAAGGCUCUGGAAGACGGCGAUGCUUCUUACUCUCUGGCCUUCACUAAGACCAUCAGCGAGGGGCUCUAUAUUUGUUCCCUGUCUGUCAAUCCACUCUCCAUUCAGAUGAAUAUGGAUCUGCACGUCGAAGAGCCUCCCCGUGUCUCCAUAAACAUUCAACCUGAUCUCCUCCUGCAGAAGGGUGAGGAGCAGAAGGUUGUGUGUGAGGCGGUGGGAUAUUACCCACUGGAUGUGGAAAUAGUUUGGCAUGAACAGGAGCCAUCUGCUUCAGGCCAGAGGGUCGGCACUUCCUUGCCUAAAAAGGUGGACAUCCUGCUGUCGAGCCACAAACACAACCCCCAGGACAUGACGUACUCCGUGUCGGCUUUCUUCUACCUCCAGACUUCGCUGAGGAACCUUGGUCAAAGUCAGUUCAUCUGCAGCGUCUCCCACAAGUCCCUGAGGGUUCCCAUCAAGAAGAGCUUCACUCUGACGGUAGAAGAGCCCAGCAGCUGGCUGUUCAGCAUCACCAUGGGUUUCAUCGUGUUGGCUCUACUGUUCGUUCUCUGCGUGAUGCUGCUGUACCUGAGCUCAGUGAGAAAGAAGAUUCAUGAAAAGAAACCCUACUGAAAAGAAAACCAGUCAUAAAGGUUUUAACGUCACUGGUCACCAGGAGGUCAGGGGUUCCAUUCCUGUUGGAGUUUUCACUCUGGACUUCAAAUACUCAAAGUAAAAGAUUCUGUUUGCAUCAGAGAUGCUGCACGACUGAAAACCUCCAUCAGACAGAAGAACGACAUCAACUGAGACCAACUGGAACAAGAAAAAAAACAGAAUGGCAAAGGCAGAUAAUGUAAAAUAGAUCUAUGUUUGAAAUAUUUAAUUUGUCCUUGACUGUUGAAUUGUAGUUUGGAGUCCUGCGUGCAACAGUUUUCAGCUUCUCAACAAUCUUAAAAUAUCCAAGCCUACUGAUGUGUUUUUAUUCUUUCUUUAAAAAGCCUUUUCCAACAGAAAACACAGUUGAUAGAGAAAAUCUUUGAUUAAAACUUCACAGAAACGUUG